AUGGUUGUCGAUAAUUGGUACACAAGCAUAGAACUUGCUGAGAUACUUGGACAACAUAACACAUAUCUUAUUGGAACAUUAAGAGCUAACAGAAAAUCCAAUCCAAAAGAAAUAAUUAAAAAAAAAUUAAAAAAGGGCGAAUCGUAUAGUUUACGUAGCAAUACUAAUGUCAUGAUUAUGAAAUGGAGAGACAAGAGGGAGCUUCUUAUGUGUAGUACUAAAACUACUAAUACAAUGAUUGACAUUGAAAAACGUCGUAAGGUAAAAACAAAACCAAUUACUGUACUAGAAUAUAAUCAGGGAAAAAGUUCAAUUGAUCUUUCAGAUCAAAAAGCUUCAUAUUCAAAUUCCAUUUUAAUGAUCCAGUAUUAA